UCGAGACAGAGACGCAAGAGGCAGACGGUGUGUCUUUCAGCCCCAGUUCUUCUGCGACCAGCCAUCCAGACGUGCUGCUGUGCUUCGUGGUGUCUUGGCCAGCUUUGUGCUGUUGUGUGCUGCGUAGUUGUGUACCUUCAAGUGUGUGUGUUGCACAGUGUAGCUCUCUUGUGCGGCGGUGCUUUGCUGUGUGGUGCUGCCCCUGUUGUGUUGUGUCUGGUUGUGUAGCUCCUGUGCUGUGUUGUGUAGAGAUGGACAAGUCUGCGGGGCUCCUGAGCUCCCUAUCCUGCCUGACCCAGACCUCCUCCCCGAAACAGCACAAACAGCCUCCUGCACCCCAUACCCGGGGUUUUGGGGUCCCAGUGACAGUAGAGAGCUCAGUCCCCUUCUUGAGUGGGGGGUCAUACUCCCUGGGACCCCUAUACCCCCAUCCUGGCCCCCAAGACUACCUGUCCUUCCCUCCGGCUCACCCCCCUGGCCACUCUGGUUUCCGACACCCCACGCUGGGGGGGUUCCCAGCCCUGCCCCCGUUCUCCCACUCCCCGGCCCCCCACCCCUCGCUCUCGUUCCCCGAGGGGAUGGAGCGCCUCUCCAGCGCCUACGCCGCCGCCCUGGCCGCCACCAUGAGCACCAACAAGAGGCUGGGGUCCCCCGCACCCCCCUGCACCCCUCCCGAGGAGCGCCCCCCGCCCCAGCGCCGCGCCCGAGAGAGAGACCGGCGGCAGAGGGACGACAGCGGGAUGGAGGGCCUGCUGGACGCAGCCAAGAGGGGGCGCCGGACAGCCAGCCCCGACAGCGCCGGACCUGCUGGCCCGCGGAGAGAGAGGUUCAGUGAAGCCCCCCUCUCUCUGCGAUGCCCACUGUGUCAGACUGACCUCGCCCGAGCCGAGCUCCUGGACCACCUGCGCAGUGAACUGGAACACAUGGACUCACUGCCAGCCAGCCUCUCUCAGUCAGAGCACCUCCAGGAGCUGCAGGGCUGUGAUCAGUCUCCCUCAUUGGGGUCGCCCCCUUCCGAAGAUGAGGGGCACAAACUGGACAGACAGCAGAUGUUCCUGCAGGUGAAGACCAACAGAGAGGCUCGUCUGGGAGUUCGUGCAGGGAGCUGCAGGAGGAACAGGGCUCUGGAUGAUCACCAGGAGGCCCCCCCAGUGAAGACACUCAGACUUACAGACUCAGAGGAGAACAGCGGGGACAGGACUCCCAGCGCUGGUGCAGGAAGAGAAGCAGAAGAAUGUAACGAGGGGCUGGGCUGUGCCUCGCGCAUUGAGGGACAGCUGGGAAACCCCUUCGGUGUGGACAGUGAGCUGGACUCCGAGCCGGAGGGCUCCUCAUUCCCAGUGCGAGAGAAGGAAGCCGAGUCCAAUAGCAGGAGUGAAGCAGAUACAGCCAUUAGCUGUACAGGGGAGUCAGCAGAGCCGCUCCGAGCCCGCAUCACAGCGCUGACGGCCCGACUGCAGCAGAGAGAGACCUACCGCUGUCACGUCUGCCUGGACUCCUACUCUGUACCAGUGGCAUCUAUCCAAUGUUGGCACAUCCACUGUGAGGACUGCUGGCUCCGCUCACUGGGUUCAAAGAAGCUCUGUCCGCAAUGCAACACAAUAACCUCCCCCAGUGACCUGCGCCGGGUCUACCUGUGACAGGGUGCCAGAAACCUUCCCACCUGACUGCCAUACUUGCAUGUCACACCUAUACCAAACCACACAAGCGAGGACUGGCGCCAUCUGGUGUUCACCCUGCCUCUGUACAAGAAGCGGAUUCAGUCACUGUCCUCUGGCACGUGUACUGUAGGUCUCGUGACCUCUCUUGUGUCCCAGAGGUCAUGUGACAAACCCCUUGUGCAGGCGCUGCC